CACUGCUGCGGAAGGCGCUGCGCGUCUCCAACCGCUCCAUGCUCGCCUUCAUCUUCUUCUUCUCCUUUUCCUCAUCCUGCCUCUACUUCAUCUAUGUGGCCCCCGGGAUCGGUUUUACAGUUGGGUAACUUCCACUUCUGAAGAAACCACUUCAGAGGGAGACAAACCGUUGAUUUAGAAGAAGCUUCAUAAAAUAGCUGUGCAAGUUUGUGUCUAAAACAGACCAAAAAAAAAAAGUGCUGGUUUCCUUAGUUUACUUUUCUGCAGUUACUGAGAGACCAUCAGGCUUUUUCUCAGUGGAUGAUCCUUUUAGAACUGAUUAGCAUUACCCCAGAGCUAAGGCCAAUGGUAUUCUGUAUGGUGCUCCAUGGGAUUUCCCUGUUUUGGGUGUCUCUUGAUUAGAGAAUGUUUUCCUUUCUUUUUCCCCCAAGGAAUAUUGCCGCAUUUUUCUGCACAUCUCCUUGCUUAUCAGGUGCUACCUAAAUACUUGCAAAAUCACCUCUCUCUUUAUCCUUAGUGCUUAUAACUUCUCUCUGUAGUCCUUACUACAAACUGUCCACACUGAAUCUUCAGGAAUUGUUUCCUGUUGAUUGUGUCUUUAUGCUGUUUGGCUCCCUCUUGUUCACUAUCUUCUAUUUAACUUGAAAACACUUUAAAGGUGCAAUUGUUCCUUCUAUACUUAAAUAGUUCUAUAUAGUUCACCUAUUGUUCUAUAGUUCUCCUUUACUUAUGUACUUCCAACAAUAUUGACAAGUCUGCCAAUUAUUCUUCUAGUUCAAAUAAAUUAAAAAAAAUAGGAAAUAUGUAAUAUUUAUAGGAUUGGAGUUCUGAGCUUUCUUGUCUGGCAGUGUUUCUCUGCUGAAAGGGAUGUGAUGUAGUCUUCCAUGUGAGAAUGAUGCUGAUGUCCAUUUAGACAUCUUAAGUCUUUGAGGUGCUAGUGGAGGAUACAUAAAUAAAGUAGACUUUUAUUGCAAGUAAUUGAUACAUGAUUUGAAUAGCAGAGCACAGUUUCUACAUGUUUAUAAGUGGAAUUUAUAGCAUCUUACAUAAUGUUGCAGCCAUAGUUUUACUUUGUUACUUAAAUGUUUCUUGCUAAUGGGUAUUUUCUUAGGAAGUACAUUGUUUCACUAAGCAAGGCUUAUGCAGUACCUUGUUGAGAAUCAGAGCCUCUAGUGAUGAGACUUUUAAUUUCUGACUUCAUCUUUCUUCUCAGCUAUGGGAUUACAUGUGUAUUCACUUUCCUUUGUACCAGGAAUUAAAUGAAAUCAACUGUAUGUACCAAAAGUGUUCUUGAGCAAACACAUAUCUCUUUAUGGUGCAAGCUCGUGGUAUAAUGUUGAGAGAAAAUGUGAAAACAAUAGGACACAUGAUAAGAUUGUACACUAACAAAAAUACUACACUGAAUGGCACAGAUUAUCCUGAAGGAAACAAUUCUAGUGACUGGGUUGCUCAAACAACAAUGUAUCUUCCAGAGAACUUCACCUACUCUCCUUACCAACCUUGUCCAGAGAAGCUGCCUUAUAUGAGAGGCCUUAUUGAUGUCAAUAUGAGUGAAAUUAGUUUUGAUGAAAUUCAGCAACUGUUCUCAAAAGAUUUAGACAUUAAACCAGGAGGACACUGGAAACCAAAUGACUGUAAGCCACGGUGGAAGGUGGCUAUCCUUAUUCCUUUUCGGAAUCGUCAUGAGCAUCUUCCAAUUUUUUUCCGCCAUCUGAUACCUAUGUUGCAGAAGCAGAGGCUGGAAUUUGCCUUCUAUGUUGUUGAACAGACAGGUACACAACCUUUUAAUCGUGCAAUGCUCUUUAAUGUUGGCUUCAAAGAGGCAAUGAAGGAUGCUGUCUGGGACUGCAUAAUAUUCCAUGAUGUGGAUCACUUACCUGAAAGUGACAGAAAUUACUAUGGAUGUGGAGAAAUGCCACGUCAUUUUGCAGCAAAGCUGGACAAGUACAUGUACAUCCUACCAUACAAUGAGUUCUUUGGUGGUGUAAGUGGCCUGACAGUGGAACAAUUCAAGAAGAUCAAUGGUUUUCCAAAUGCCUUUUGGGGAUGGGGUGGAGAAGAUGAUGAUCUUUGGAACAGGGUUCACUAUGCUGGAUACAAUGUAACAAGACCAGAAGGUGAUUUAGGGAAGUACAAAUCCAUUCCUCACCAUCACAGAGGUGAAGUCCAGUUUUUAGGACGAUACAAACUUCUGAGGUAUUCCAGAGAACGUCAGUACAUUGAUGGGUUGAACAAUUUAGUAUAUACUCCUAAAAUAAUUGUCAGUAGAUUGUAUAAAAAUAUAACUGUUAAUCUCAUACCAGAACUUGCUCCUGUUAGAGACUAUUGAUGGAAGUGGAGCGGCAAGAUAUCCUACCAGAAUAAACUUUUAACACUGGAAGCUACUGAUAAACACUGUAAAACAAAGCAAAACCAACAAACAGCAGCUUAGAAUUAGUUUUUUGACCAACUGAUGAUGCAUAUUUGGGAUGAGAAGUGAUUGUAUGUACCAUGCAUUUUGUCCUGAAAGAAAAGCCAGCAGCUACCACUCAGAUGUUUACAGCAUGAGACUACUGUUCAAGCCUUCAUUCUUCACACUCUCUAUCUUAACUACUCAACUAAACAAACUGCAGAAAACAGACUUGUAGCUUCUCUGGAAGUAAGAACAGGCCUCUUCCAGGAAUUUUUUUAUACUAAAUUGCCCCUCCUCGUAUUUAAAUGAAUGCUUUUGUUUCUUUUUAAAAUGUGUUUUGUAAAUAUGUGAUGUAAAUUAAUGUGUGUACAUUGCUUUUCAAUUGUUCAAUAUUUUAUGCUUUGGUAUGUAUUUGAGUGUGCUCUCAUUUGAAUUCUAUAGGAAUGUUUUUAUUAGCAUGAAAGAACAAGUGUAAAAUGUAAGUAUGCUUAUAAAAAGGUUAUACCUUAUGUGAAAUGAAGGAAAUAUUAAUUUUUGGCCAGCUAUGACUGUAAACUGUUAUACUAGUUUUGAGCUCUAGGCCUCCUGCAUAUCUAUAUAGAAAAAUCAAUUUCUUAUACGAACCUGCUAGAAAGAAAGCUUUUAAUUUUAUUUAUUGCCAGCAAAAUUGUAUGAUACCCUGCCUGCCAUCUGAAUUGUAUUUAUAUGCAUAUUGCAUGUGUAUUACAAAAAAUCUUGCAGUUGUUGCAUAUUAUGAUCUACAGGAACUCUUAACUGUUUCCAAGUGUGCCACUAGUGUCAAUGUCAGGGAUUUUAAUGCCUAAAACGAUGUGUCUGGGUGCGUACAGUACUUUGGUAUUGGUUUUUUGUUUUUAUUUUUAUUUUUUUAAUUCUAGUAAACAGCACUUUUUUUCCUCCAAAAUCAGAAGAGCCAAAAAUAUGUCUUCAUUGGAAGAAUAUUAAAGUUAGAUUUUUAAGAGAAUAAUAAAACAUAGUUCUAAUAGUUCAAAUGCUUGCAGAGUGGGAUUUUCAGAAGCACGGUGUUGGCCGCAUUGUUCUGCUGAUGAGGAUGGUGAUGACAUAAGCAGAACAGAAAGCAGGCCAUUCCCAAGUGCUUUUUAAAAUUCCACUCAUAAUAUAUUAUUCAAUAUAGCUAUUUAAGGGCCUAUUCUGGUAGAGUGCUGAGUGCUUCUAUGAUGCACUGAGGAUCCUCAAGUCGAUGACUGUCAAUGAGAUUGAGGUUGCACAGUCCCACUAAGGAUUGGUCCUGUCUGUUUCUCUAUUUUUGUGGUGUUAAACGUAUGAAUAACUAGCCUCUUUCCUUAUCUUAUUUUCUCUUUGCUUGCAAUGUUAUGCUACCUAAAAGUAUCCCACUGCUAAGCAUUAUUAUCUUUCUUAAUAUUUUUUUACAUCCCUUGUUAAUACAAAGGAAAAGGACCAGGUCAUUUAUUUUCUAUGUUAGUGCAAAUAUAGUGACCAAGAUAUGCUAAAUUGUUUUGUUUGUCACAGUUACUCAACUCUUUAGGAACCAAAGACUGACUUCUGCUCCCAUAAAGAAUGGAAAGCAGUAUAUAUAAUAAGGAUUGUUUAUCCAUAGAGUGUUCUGUAAGAGUGUUGACAAAGAAUCCUAACUUUAAGUCAUUACUAUAUGUUGGUUUCCUGAAUUGCUGCCACAAAUGGUGUAGUGCUUUGUAUAUUUUAAGUUUGUUUGCCAUAAACACCUUUUAUUUCUUUGGCAUCCCAGCAGCAAAUUCUGCCCUUAGCCAUCCUUCAGUAAUGUUAUGAGCUUAGCUGUAAGCAUCCCAAAUAUUUAGUAGAAAUAUUGUAAUUUAAUUUAGUAGUUACGAACAAUUGUAAGGGAUAUUUUAUACCAUACUAGAAUUACCUUAAUAUCUACCAGUUAAUCUAACAUGCUUUAGGAACGAUGUAAUACACUGAAAAUAACUAAAAGCAUAAAGUGAAGAAAACAUCCUUCAAAAGCAUGCAUAAGUGGUUUGCUCACCUCCUGAUAGAUUUUUCUAUAACUGGGUAUAUAGAACAUUCUGAAGCAUAUGGAGAAAGGAGAGAUAAUACACUGUAUGAACAAUUAUAUCUCCAAAAUAAAAUUAGUCGUAUUUCAUAGCAGGCUACAAUACAGUUCUUUAAGAACAGUUGAAUAAAUUUUUAAAUCCCUCAUGUAAUUUUGAAGUGAUUUCUGGUUUUCAGUACAGGUUCACCUACAAUUUCACACCUACGAUCAUGAAACAUCUUUUGGUACCGUAGGUCUGUACUGUUUUCUGAAGCAUGCUUUUGUGCCAAUUACUUAGGCAUUCUGUGAAAUAUAUGUGCAAUUAUAAAAAAAAUCUUAUGCAUAUAUAUGUAUAUAUACUUACAUAUAUACAUACUAUAUUACACAUAUGCUGUGGCUGAACUAAUAUAACUUUACAGCUUUAAGUGAUUGAUCAUGUAUGGUCCUAGAAAAACGUGAUUUAAACCAGUCUGUGAAUGGAUUGUGACAUAUAGCUGAGUUCUUAAAAAGUUUACAUUUUGGUGCCCCAAAAUGAUGGAUGUUAAAUUAUGAAUUGCUGACCAACACUCUUCUCUAAAUACCUUUUAUCACUUUGUUUGGAAGUUUUAGAAGUUGCCAUCUUAAAUUACAUCAAACUAGUGUUUGUAUACUACCUGCUUGAACUCAGUACUUUUCUGUAGUGAAUUUUAACAUAGACAGUGCCUUCAAACACAAUAAAUAUGAUGCAGAACUAAGAGUUGUGCACAUUCCUUUGGAUAAUUUCAUGGUUCUUGUAAAAUGUAGAGAGAAGCCAAUCACAUUGGCUUUUGCAUUGCUGACAAGGCAAAUGAGGGAUGUCUUCAAGGAGUGAACAUGGAGUGAGAAGAAGGGAGUAUUUUACAAGAUUCUGAAGGUCUUGCAAAUUAGCAAGUAAAAACAUUACAGAAAUAUUAAGAGUAGAAUCUGGUUAAUGUGCUAAGAUACUCUCAAGCCCCUUUUCUCUAUUUCAGAUUUAAGUAGGAGAAUAUAAAAUAUAAAGUCCAUUUUUCAAAUAGGCAGUGUAUUGAAAAGCAAGUGCAAAAUGUCCUUUUUCUUGGAUCUUGCCACUCUAUUUUUCUAUCGUUACGUUUACUAAUUGUUGUAGUGGGUUACUAAUGAGCCAGCUGUUUAAAAAAAUUAAAAGGAUCCAUUGCAUAUCAGCAAGCGGAAGUGUACUUAAGAUUAUUUUAUUUGUAGAGGUAUGUAAGAUAGGCUUAAUGAAAAAAUGCACUGAAACAAAUGCUGGGAAUUUCCUGUGUACUAUCAUAGUUUUGGGUUUUUUUGUUGUUCAUGAAAAUGUUUGUACUUUUUUAUCAUUGUCUUUUAUGAAAUAUAAUGUUCUAAAGAUUG